AUGAUCAUCGGAAGCAGAACACGCUGGUGGCCGCGAACCGAACCGAACUCUUGUUCAAGUCCCAAGCCGGCGAAGUGGCCAUUCUUCGUGUGCAAUAUCUGCUUCGAAACGUCGACGCACGAUCCCUUCAACCCAAAGGGCUGCGACCACGUGUACUGCACUCCUUGCACCGCGAAAUACAUCGACACCAAACUCUCCGACAACAAGAACCGGAUCCUCUGCCCGUCGCCCGGCUGCAACGGUCUCCUCGACCCGGACCACUGCCGCCGAAUCCUCCCCCAAUCGCUGCUCGACAGGUGGGAGGCUUCGUUGGCCGAGUCCGCCAUCGAUGAUGCCCACAAGCUGUACUGUCCUUACCCGGAUUGCUCCGCUUUGCUGAUCAACGACGGGGGCGGCGGCUGCCGCCCUGGCCGCUGGUUGUUCUUCCGCCGGUUGUGGCGUAAGGAUUGGAAAGCGAAUUGUCCCUGGUGCAGGAGGGCGUUCUGCGUCAGGUGCAGGGUCCCCUGGCACUCGAGGAUGGACUGCGGAAAGUACCAGAGGUCAAAGGCUAAAAGAGAAGACAAGAUGGUCGUGGAACUUGCUAAGGCGAACCGGUGGAAGAGAUGCCCCGGCUGCAGGAUGUACGUUUCGAAACAGAGUGGCUGCAGCCAUAUUAUAUGCAGGUGUCGAGCCGAAUUUUGCUACAUAUGUGGUGCUCGCUACUCAAUUGAGCAUCGUUGUCGAUUACAAUAA